AUACUUUAAGAUCUGUGGCAACACGAAAUCUUAGGAAGACAACUAAGUGGGCGAGAAUGUUGAUUGAUUCCCCGUUGACCUUUUCAAAACGAGAUUAGAUUUUUAGCAAUAUAUGAUUAUUAUAUUCACUAUAAUAAUUAAUAGCUUGAUAGCAAUUAGAAUACAAAUUGAUUAUGCUUGCCUGAUUGGUGGACAAAACAUGCUAUUGACCUUUUCAAAAAUACCUAUUCAAACAUGGGAGCUCAGUUGACCUUUCACCUGAGAGAAGAGGAAAGUGCAGGCGAAGUUCUUAAUAUCUCGAUCAUAUCAACAUAUCAUAUAUCAUUAUAUCCUACUCAGAUUCACAUUCAUUUUGUGAUUUGACUAUGAUAUUUUUUGUAUGGUUUUGUCAAUAAUUGGCCCCACAUUAAAGUCGCCGGAGGAUCUUCUGAAGACAGCCUUAGCAUCUGUUGAGAUCACUAAAGGCAUCAAUGGCCUAGACAAACUCGUACUCCGUCAAAUCCAUGGAAGUACUGUAGAGGUGUAUCUGUAUGGAGCUCAUGUAACAUCUUGGAAAAAUGAUCAUGGAAAAGAGUUGCUUUUUCUCAGUAGUAAGGCAAUCUUUAGCCCUCCAACAGCAAUACGAGGGGGGAUUCCUAUCAUCUUUCCUCAAUUUUCAAAUCUUGGCCCUCUUAGAUCCCAUGGAUUUGCUAGAAACAGAGUAUGGACCAUGGAGAACAAUUCCCAUCCUCUUCAAUCCAAACCCAUUAAUGAAGUUUUUGUUGAUUUGUUACUUAAGCCCACUGAAGAUGAUUUAAACAUAUGGCCUAACAGGUUUGAGUAUAGACUAAGGAUCACUCUAGGACUUAAAGGAGACUUAACGAUGACAUCUCGGAUAAAAAAUACCAACACAGAUAAAAAGCAAUUUAAUUUUACAUUUGCUUAUCACAACUAUUUCCGUGUUUCAAAUAUCAGUGAAGUUCGAGUGGAAGGAUUGGGGAAACUUGAUUAUCUUGACAAUACACAGAACAGGACAAGAUUUACAGAGGCACGAGAUACAAUAACCAUUAAUUCAGAGAUUGACAGGAUUUAUCUCAACACACCAAAAAAAGCUUGCAAUUCUUGAUCAUAAAAAGAAACAAACAAUUUCCAUUCAGAAACAUGGACUUCCUGAUGCUGGUGAGAUUUUUUCCACUUUAGUGUUAGAAAUGACAAGAUGGUCGUUUACUUAUAUUUAGAAGGGUUUUAAUUAAAAAAAAAAAAGGCUAUUUCUAUUUUCUAAGAAAAAAUGACUUGACCCGUUUUCAUGUAAGACCUAAUUUUUUUUUUUACAUUCUAAAACCUGGUUUAUAGAUUUUCAUCAGGUAGAAUAAAUAAUAGGUCUUUUUCAAAAAAAAAAAAAAAAAAGUCAAAAUAUUGUGUUUGUUAAAAAAAAAAAGUUAUGAAAGACCUUUAGUUUAGAUUGUAAAGUUCUCUUU